ACCCCUCAAGGAAACAUUUGAAUACUUGCCCAAACAGGCAAACUUUACCCACAAACGACUCUAUUAGAACCAUCAAGUGAUUUUAGUGGCUUGCUUCGAGGCCGAGUCCCUGUCGGAGGUCUGUACAGUACUGCGGGGGCGUGCUCUACUGUGCUUAGCAGAGGAUCUGGCUUGUUUAAAGUGACUACAGUAUAGCUGGGCUUCGUCCCUGAACAGCAGAGAUUACCCUAAUUCUUCAGUCUGUCAUCAUGCCAAAACGUUCAUUACUAGGCCCUGAGACCUAUAUUACACGACCUAAAGAAAAGGAAACCUCUAUUGAAGAAGUUCUGCAGGAUGCGCAAAACAUCGACUUUUCGCAACAAGACGACCAUUCGUCCGUAGCGGAAUUCUCCAAGCAACACGCGGCUCGCUUGACCAAGGUGCACACCCAAACGGUGGAUGGUGAGCUAUUGCAUGUUCUCGCCAAGGACAGCAAGAAGACCCUUCAACAUGAGAAAUUCCUGAUUUGGACUCUCAAGAAGCAUCCAAAUCUGCUCGGUUGCCUAACCAACGCGGGAAACACGCCCCUUCAUACGGCCCUGGAAAACAAGAACGAUGACAUGGUGGGACUCAUCCUCACGCAUACUGCAGACCAACCGAAAAAGGUAUUAUUCAAGGCUGAAACGAAGGGGGGCGAGCACUGUCUUCAUUCUGCCAUCAACUAUAACAGCCGCUACACCAGGGACCUCAUCCACUUGGGCGUUUGCUACCAAAGCGAGGUAAAGAUCUUCGACAAAAUGACACACGACGAUCGGGAUACACCACUGAGCCUCGCGGUGCAACAAGAGGAAGACUCUUCAGCGGUUGUGGAUAAACUUUCCGUGGCCAGUAGUCGUACAACCCAUCUAGCGCCUCCUUCGUGGCCCCUGAAGAAUAUCGAUAAGCUUUCGUCAGAAGAUCGGCCUCGAAACAAUUCUCGAAAUCGACAAGGACUGGCUGGUCUUUCCCGGAAGGACACCGUCGAGUUCAAGCUCACGGCAGCGGAUGAUCGAAGGGACAGACCUCCGCCUGUAGCAAUUGCACAUGCUCCAGAAACGCAGAAACCGGCAAGCAGCACGAGGUCAAGUCCACUUCAAAUAGUUCAAGACCUAGUUGAUGCCAUGCCAGCGGCUCUCUAUCAAUACCGGGAUAAAUGGGGAAACACUCCCUACCAGGCCCGGAUUUUGCAUCUGGAGCGCGAAAGACGUCAGCGAGCUCCGGACGCUUUGACCGCCGACACGCCCAAGAUCAACCCUCAAGAGUUGGUCAAACAGGACGACAUUGCUAGGUUUAUCCGGUCCUACUGUAUUCGAAGGCUUCCUCGUCGGGAUGCCCUGACAGCCCUCUACACGGUUGGCGAAGGUUCUUACAUGAUCCCCCUCAACACCCAGUUGGGUUCGCGCUCGUUCUGACUACUUGGUAACCACUACUAGACCUGCAGAUUGACUUCGACUUAUCCGGACUUCCACUAGUCACUAUAGAUACCAACUACCUUGACCGACUGUCUCAGGUUCUCAGAUUCGAAAGCAUUCUCAACUAUGUUGCUCUCCCACGGCUGUCGGUAGAGGAGGCGAGCCCCGCC